AUGAUUCUUGCGAGCUUAGUGGCUGUGAUAAUAGCCACUGACAUUACCGCUGAAGACGGUUAUUCGGCAAACAAUGGAAUUCCUAUUUCUUGCAUUUCCAGUCGCGAUCGAUACAAAUGCAUAGAGAAGGUCAGUAGAGAAGAGAUUGACGUGGUCGUUGUCGAUCCAGAAGACAUAUAUUUAAUUGCAUUGGACGACAAUCAAACAAAAGAGGAAGCGUAUGCAGAUUAUCAUUACGAAGCAGUCGCUGUAAUCCAGAAGGACCUAAACGUAUCCGAUGCUAAGGGACUACGUCAUUUAAAAUCUUGUCACACUGGUAUUCGAGAUGACAUUGGCUACAAUAUACCUCUCGCGAAAUUGGCAGCUAUCGGUGAUAACAUAAACAAUACAGAAUAUUUUGUUCGCGACAAUGAAUUUCAGGCAUUGAGUUUGCUCUUCAGCAAAGCUUGCCUAGUUGAAACUUGGUCAUCAGAUCCAACAAUAAAUCGAAAGCUUAGAAACGUAACAUGUGCACACUUUAUAAAAAGCCAAACGUCUGUGAUUAUCAAGAUAUCUAUUCGGAUCAAUGCUGAUACCAAACCCUGUACUUGGGCUGCACGACCAUGGCAAGGAUAUAUGGCUAAUGAUGGAGUGAAUAACAUAGAAGCCGUUCAAAAAGAAUUAACGGAAUUAGGACAAUUGGGUGAGAAGGAAAAGGCUGCUUGGUGGAAAGAUUUGAUGUUGCUUGAUGAAAAAACUCUGGCUGUUGCUUCAUCACCUAUCAGUCCUGAACAACAUUUGAAAGACGCCAAAUACUUGGACGUCAUUGAAAGAAACUCAGGUGCACCUGAAAGGAACGCUCGCUUGUGUGUAUGGACUCAGGAUGCUUUAAAUAAGUGCCGUGCCUUGAGUAGAGCAGCUCACUCAAGAGAUGCUAGACCCAGACUGAGUUGCUUAUUGGAGAAGGAUCAAGAUGCCUGUUUGGUAGCUGUCAGAGAUGAUGGUGCUGAUUUAGUAGUCGUUGAUGGUGGAUCGGUACUGCGUGCAAUAACGGACUUCAAUGCGCAACCAAUUAUUUCAGAAGUAUAUGGAAGUGGUUCAACAAAAUACAGCGAAAGACCGACAGUUGUUGUUGUUAAGAAAGGCAGCUCUAUCAGUGGACUUGCCGAUUUGAGAGGUAAACGAUCUUGCCAUAGUGGCUACAGAAACGAUUUUGCUGGAUGGUUGGCACCGAUUCACGCUCUUAAGAAAGCAAAUUUGAUUAAGUCGGAAGACGAUGUAGCAGAAUUCUUUGCUGGCUCCUGCGCACCUGGUGCACAGCCAGGAUCGAAAUUGUGUCAACAAUGUGUUGGUAACAUUGCAUCCAACGACGACAAGGUAACCGAAGCAACUAAGUGUAAACCAACUGAGGCAGAAGCUUUCAAAGGAGGCCAAGGAGCUAUCAAAUGUCUGACUUCAGAUAAAGGCGAUGUGGCUUUCUUGCCUCUACCUGCUCUCAUGGAAAUUGAUAAGAAGAACGAGUCUGAAGGUGGCGUGAAGACGUCAGACUUUAUGUUGGUCUGUCCUAAUGGUGGUUUAGCACCAGUGGAGGAAUGGUCCAAAUGCAAUCUAGGAUUAGAACCACCUCGCAUUAUUUUAAGCUCUGCUGGAAAAACAGUACAUGCUUUGGACGAAUUGAAACACGAUUUGGCAAUCAGUACGAUUUACUCUAAGAGACUAAAUUUCUUACAACUAUCUGGUAGCUGAAAUCUCAAUUUAUUG